GCGGCGGCGCUCAGAAGCCGACAUGGACUCGUGCCGGGCGCUGCGCGUGCUCUCGCUGCUGGUGUUGGUGGCCGCCGCUGCCGGUCAGGUGCCCUUCCUCGGCAGCUGUCCGCGACCGCCCAUAGUCGGCAACUUCGAGCCGCAGUUCUACCUGGGCCGCUGGUACGAGUACUCCAAGUACUUCACCGUCUUCGAGGUGGGCCGCAAGUGCAUCCAGGCAGUGUACUCGGACGCCGGCUACGGCCGGAUCGGCGUCACCAACCGCAGCAUCAAGGUGCUCGGCGGCACUCGCAGCGACAUCCGCGGCGUGGCCAAGCCGGUCGGCCGGCCCGGCCAGGCCAAACUGCGCGUCAACUUCGAGGGCGUGCCCAGCUUCGGCAGCGACGCCAACUACAUCGUACUGGACACGGACUACACGCAGUACGCCAUCGUCUGGUCGUGCUCCAGCCUGAAGCUGUUCAACACGCAGCUUCUGUUUGUGCUGACCCGCGAGCAGUUUCCCAGCCCGUACCUGGUCAAACACAUCAUGAAGCGGAUCCGUCACUUCGGCCUGGACACGGGAAAACUACAGAAGACCGACCAGAAAAACUGUCCGUACGGCCACUGAGGGCAGAGUACAAACUAGGACGUACAGACAGACUGGCUGCUCGGUUACUGAUGAAACGUCUCCUGAACUCAGACUGUUUGCGCGCGGCCAGUUGGAGAUUUAUGUAGAAGGAAGAUGAACUGCUGUGUGUUGGUUCACUGUUCGCUGUGGGAAAGAUAAAAGCUUUGGAUUUUGAGGAACUCAGGACUGCAACUGGAUGUCUCAUCCGGAACAAUUACAAACUGAAGAAAAUGAGUGUCAGCCGCGUUAAAAUGGAUAUUUAAUUAAUGUAUCAAGUGGAUGAGUGCCGCUCAAUCAGUGUUAGCUAGCAAAAUCACUGCGUUUUAGGUGAGCUGUGUGUGACUUUCGUCGAUGACAUAUUGUGCAUGAGAUCAUAUGAUAGCUGCCUACGUGACAUCGUGACAUAUCAAUGACUACUGAAACGGUGGCAUUCAACAUGCUUAGCUAGCAUUAAUCAACAAUUUGUGCGCUUGCAUAAGGUCUAAGUUCGUCUUCCAUAGCUCUAUUUAUUUCACAUCUAAGUUAUUUUGAAGCUACUUAGCAGACGAACCGUUGAUCUGUUAUCGAUUGUUGGUAUAUCUCUCGUCUUUGGCUGUUUUCCACGCAAUGUGAAGUAACAUGCGGAGAUGCAUCUUGCAACAUAUCAGACUCAGCAUCUUACAUAUAUGGAAGGCGUCGUCUGUUUGAUGUUUUCGAUUAUAUGAUAUGUGCUGCUUAUAUGUACAAAUGCAUAAACUUCAAAAGGUAGCCGAAU